GUAGUCGGCAGAUGGCAGUAUGAGAGUUCCUAUGAAAUCGCGUGCAUGUGUGCUUGUAAUGAUUUUUAUUUAAAAAUUUUCUAGUUAAUUAUUUUAAUAACACAGUAUUUAAUAGAUAGUUUAAUAGACAAGAAAAGGAUGAAGAAAAUUUGUAUUGUGUGUGAUAAGGAUGGAGCUGCCUACAAGUGUCCUACGUGCAGAAAUUUAUACUGUUCUGUCGUUUGUUGCAAAGAACACAAAAAAAUUGGCUGCGUCGCACCAAAACCACAAUCGAUUGAUACCGAUGUAAACAUUGAUGAAAAUGAAAAAUAUGAUUUUCCAACAGAGGACACGGUACCGUUGGAAAAAUUAAAGAAAUUGCGUGAGAGUAACGAAGUUAAAGACUGUUUAAAAAAUCCACACGUACGUACUAUUAUAAAGGCGAUUUUGAAAGAUCCGAAUCCGACGAAAGCUAUAGCUUUAGCUAUGACAGAACCUAUAUUCGUAGAACUUGCAGAUGCGUGUCUAAAAGUUACAGAAAUAGAAGAGAAUAAAUGAUGCAAAUAAUUUAAUGUCAUGCGCAUAUACCAGCAUUUGGAAAAUGAAAAUGUUUUUGUACAAGUAUUACAGUUAUUAGGAAAUUUUAAUACUGUUAUUUGUUUUUUAUAAAAACAUAAGAAACGUAGCAGCGGAUUAGCAAAGUGAUUGUUAGAUAAUAAUUAUUUGACGAUUAAGUAAUUAGGUAGAGAAAGUGGUGACAUUAAUGAAAGCUAUAAUCCUUAAAAAUAUACGUAGUUGGUCCGUUAUAAAAUAAACAGGUAUUAACAAGUACUUUUUAUCGGAAUAUGUCUUGCAUCGAAAUAAAUAAUUCAAUUUCAUAUUGUAAUAUAUAUAUCUGUGCAAACAUAUCCGAAAGAAUUGAGAGAUAAAAAUAUACUAAAUGAUGUAAAUGUUAAGCGAGUAGACUUCAAAAAAAAAAAAAAAAAGAAAAGAAAAAAAAAGAAAGAAAGAAAGGUAAAAUUACAUUCACAGUUCGGUAUGUAGAGAGUAAUAAUUAGAAACGUAACUCUCGAGAUUUUGCGGUAAUUGCGUUCCAUCUAUUUCCAUUUCUAACGCAUAAUAUCUCUUUCUGACGUGAUGAGCUACCAUUUUUGGUUGUCUGUCUCUUGUAAAAAUACCUUUUUUAUUUCCACCUACUCUGUAAUAAGCUAAAAACAUAGAAAUAUUUAUAUAUUUAUACAAACAAUUUGUAAUAACAUUUUCAAUGAUUUAUGAAGUAUAAAAGAAUUAAAUCUUACUUUGAGCUGUUCGAAAGUCUGCAAAGUUCCAAAUAAAUUCACCAAUGAAGAAACCUUCGUUUCUUAAACGAUCGAAUGCUUCAAAAUGUUUAGAAAACAUUUCGGUUUGGUAUUCUUCGCUCCAUACAUAACUAGGUAACUAGAACAUUUCAUUUUUGAUUAUUUUGAAUAUUUCAUGUUAUGAGUAUAUAUUUGUUUUCUUUUUAAUUAUACUUUUUAAUAUUUCUUCUUUAACAUUUCUUACCUCGUGUUGACCGGACAAAGUGUCUGCGCCAUAUUCGGACAUAAGCACAGGUUUAUCGUAUUUUCUGUGCCAAGCUUCGGCCUCGGUAAAUACACGAUCGAUAAUCAUAUCCAAUCUACCAGAAUUUGCGUACCACGAAUUGUAACGAUUAAAACUAAUAACGUCCAAAUACUGACCAACUUUAUCUUCCUAAAUAAAUAUAAAUCAUUGAAUUAUUUAAUCAA